AUGCCUGAAACCAAAAGAAAUCCUUGUUAUGUUGGAUCUAUCGAUGAAGGAACCAGCAGCGCUAGAUUUUUAAUAUUUGAUGUAACGAAAAGGAAGGUAAUAACAUCCCACCAAAUAGAAAUAAAACAAAAAUAUCCUCAGGAAGGAUGGGUCGAACAAGAUCCAAAAGAGAUUCUUUCAGCUGUUUUGAACUGCAUCGCAAAAGUAGUUGAGAAUUUAGAAGAUAUUGGUAUCGCAGCUUCGGAAAUUAAAGCUAUCGGUAUUACUAAUCAACGAGAAACGACUGUUGUUUGGGAUAAAAAUACUGGAGAACCUCUUCACAAUGCCAUUGUUUGGUUGGACAUGAGGACUACAACAACUAUGGAAGACAUUUUGGAAACGAUCCCCAAUAAAACUAGAAAUAAAAAUUAUCUAAAGCCACUGUGUGGACUUCCUAUGUCACCAUAUUUCAGUGCUCUUAAAAUUCGUUGGCUUAUUGAUAAUGUUCCCAAGGUCAAACAAGCUGUUGAAGCUGGCACCUGUGCAUUCGGAACCAUUGACACUUGGCUUAUUUACAAUCUCACCAAAGGACAAUUACAUAUCACAGACGUUUCAAAUGCAUCACGAACAAUGUUAAUGAAUAUUGAAACUCUUAAAUGGGAUCCUCUUCUUUUGCGUUUUUUCAAUAUUCCUCAAUCGAUUUUACCAGAAAUAAAAUCAAGCUCUGAAAUUUAUGGCCAUGUAUCUAAUCCUAGUUCGCUAGCUGGUAUUCCAAUCUCAGGAUGUGUAGGUGAUCAACAAGGAGCUCUAUUGGGACAAUUAUGUUUGAAACCAGGCCAAGCUAAAGCUACCUAUGGAACUGGAUGUUUUCUGCUGUAUAAUACAGGAAAUGUUAAAGUUGAUUCAACUCAGGGACUUAUCACAACUGUUGCUUAUAAAUUCGGCAAAGCACCGGCUAUCUAUGCUCUUGAAGGUUCUGUUGCUGUCGCAGGUGCAGCUUUAUCAUGGCUGCGAGAUAAUAUGCAACUUUUAAAUAGUAUAACACAAACUCAAGAUCUUGCUGAACGAGUUCGCACUUCAGGAGAUGUUUAUUUUGUCCCUGCUUUUUCUGGACUUUAUGCUCCGCACUGGCAACAAGAUGCUCGAGGAGUUAUUUGCGGCAUUACGGAAGACACUCAGCAGUAUCACAUUAUUCGAGCUGCAUUAGAGGCUGUUUGUUUCCAAACUCGUGAUAUUCUUGAAGCUAUGGUAAAAGAUUCAGGAACAAAACUUUCUACUUUGCUAGUCGAUGGAGGUAUGACUGUUAAUAACUUACUUAUGCAAUUGCAAGCUGAUAUUACUGGUAUAAAUGUUGUGAGACCAAAUAUGGUUGAAUCAACUGCACUUGGUGCUGCUAUUUUGGCUGGAGUAGGUGCAGGUUUAUUUGAAGUCGGUGAUGUUGAUGCUUCACAAAUGACUAAAUUCUCACCACAGAUCAGUGAAGAUGAACGAGAUUUACGGUAUUCAAAGUGGAAAAUGGCUGUGGAAAGAUCAAUGAAGUGGGAUUUAUCAUCUAGUCUUGAUAAUUAA